AUGCUGGUUACCUAUUUGGAAGCCAGCCGGGACCUUUGCGAGACGGACUCAAUUCUUUUUGGCGCCGCACUGGCAGUCUGCCGUAUUAUAAGCGCCAAAGUUUCCACGGCUGGACGCGUUACUGGACAAAGUAGUGCUAUCCCAGCCUGGAGAAUAAGAAUUGAAGAAAGUAUCGCAAAGGCUAGGGCCCUCAUCGGCAGACUGAUAUGCUUCAAGUCAGGCAAUACCAGGCCAAGGAUUGUGCGCACCGUCAGGAUGGCGUUUGCUGGGACAAAUGUUAGUUUGUCCCAGCCGGAUAUAAUGCAAAAACUGGCGGAGCUCAUAGACGACCUGAAGUAA